CACAGACAGACAGACAGAAGAAUGGAUGGAUGGACGGUCCAUGCGCACAACAAAAGGGAUUCCUCGCAACCCACACACACGAAUGCAUGCAAUGCAUUCACACCAACAAAUGUAUCCCUCCCAGCUCUCCGCCGGCUCAGUUAGUCAGUAGUCGUCCAGCAUCGGGCCUGAAUUGCAACGUCCAUGCAUAUGUUGGCCUCCAUGCCUCCAUUUAGAUUUCUCACCGCAUGGCUGCAGCUUGUCGGCUUCCUCCUGUCCGUAGCGCGACACAAACGCGUCGUACGGCAGGUAGCCACCCCCCACACGGACUGACCGAUAUUGACACAGGGCACACGUAUCCACAUCGCCUCCCCUUGUUUCGUUCGGCCCUUGCUUACAGACGAUGGCGUCGUUUUGUAUGGUAGCGACGCAUGUCUUGGUGCCGAAGAGGUAGGUGCCCUGCUCCCGCCGGCAGAAGGGGACGGGCGGGGGGUGCUCACGGACCCUCUCAGCCAGCAACGCGUCUAUGGGGUCGUUCUGCACACACACACACAGGCAGACAGAAACACAGAGAAUGGGCAGGGGUUGGGUUGCGUGUUGAAGUGUGCGUGCGUACCUUGACGGGAAUGUAUUUGGUGGUGAUGACGUUGAGUCUGUUGGUGAGGUGGCGCACCUCACACGUCCGCUCCUCUAAAGCGCUCAACAGCUGACCACGAUCCUCUGGCCGUGCAUCCAUCCAGACACCACAGACGUAGCAUAUCAUCUAUCUCUGUGUCUCUGUGUCUCUGUCUGUGGAUAGAUGUAUACCAUCCCAUUUGAUUGAUCCGAGGCGCAGGUCCUCACACGCCUGGUAGUAAUCCCCGCGCUGAUUGACGACGCACGAGAAACACAUGAAAUGGAUUGUAGAGACACGUGCCCCUCUGCUGUCUUGUGCGUGUCCGUACCAUGGUGUCCAUCUGCUGGUCCUUCUGGCUGAGCAAGUCACGAGUCUGCAGCCACACCGGACACACACACACACAUAUAAUACACGAGACAGCAGCCCAUUGUGUGUCUCUACUUGCCGUGCUCAAAUGCCCCUCGACGUCACUCAAAUGCGCCACCUGAGUGCAGGCCAGGCAACAUCACAUACACCCUGCGGACCGGAUCUUCCUGUGUUUCUUUGUUUGCACCUUUGCGUCCAUUUUGACGAUGAUGUCAGUCAGUUCGGCCCGCUUGAGCUCACCGGAUUCCAACAACUCAUCCUUCGAAGCUACCGUACGACGCAUCUCCUACACACACCCAAACAGACACACAUGCAUCCAUCGAUCGAGCUAUGUCUGGAUGGCUGUGUGUGUGGUGGGGGUAGGUGCCUGCCUGUAUGUUUGUCUCCAGCUCUUGCUGCCGGUGCUGCAUCCCGGCCACCACAGAGCGGUGCUCCUCGGCUGCACGUGACGCAUGCUCCUCCAUCACACGCAGCUGAUCCUACGCGAAGGAACGAAUGCACACACAUGACAGGGUGUCCUUGCCCACCUGUCCACCGAUGUGUAUAGGUACCUGCAUGUGUGCCCUGGCUUGCUGUGCGGUGUGUGCCUCGUGCUGGGCCUGCGCAAGCCUCUCGGCCAGGCCGUCAGCCUCCUGUGGACGGACAAUGGACAGACACCACAACGCAUUAACGAGUGGGAUCAUUGGCGUGGUGCAUUGAUUGUGUGUACAUCUAUUUUGAGUUUCUGUUCGAGCGAGAGGAUCUGAGCCGCCAACUGGUGCUUCUCGACUGUGCCCUGAGCAGAUAAACGUGGGUGCAGGUGGAGGGGUGUGGCGGUUGGCGGUGUGUGUGUGGUUGCGCGCCUGCUGCACUUGUGUCUUAAGCUGAUCUCUCUCUUUCAGCGCUGCGGUGCUCUGCGUCUGCAAUUCCUCGUGCGCCUGUAGAAACAAAAGGAGCGGACAGACGAGUGGGUGGGUCGAUGGAUGGAUGGAUGGAAGACACACACGUGUAUGCAUUAUGUGAGGUGUGUGCUGACUGACCUGUUCGAGCGCUUUGCGUUUCUGCAGGGCGGUGUUGAGUGCCGACUGCAGCUCCUCGUGUUGAGACGCCAUGGCCUGACGCAACGAGCGAAUGACACAUACAGGCCAUGUGAACACCUGCCUGCGUCAGUCAGUGCGGCGUACCUGUUUGGUGUCUUGUGUGCCCUUGGCCUCCCUCUGCAGCUGCUGCUUCAGGUACUCUAUCUCGCACCUGUUUGUGGGUAUGUGUGUGUGGGUGGGCAUCCACCAACACAUCCAUUCAUUCAUUCAUUCAUUCAUUGACGGCAGGUGGGGUGUGCCCACCCGUCGGCCAGGCGCGCAGUCCUCUCCGCCUCCAGUAGACUCCACCGCUCACCACGGACACUGAUCGGCGAGAGAGACACGCACACACGUGGAUACAACGGCAGAGACUGAGCCGCCGACCUUUCCACUCGUCUGUCCAUCUCCGCUUGCAGGUCCUCAUACCGAGACUCACACUGCACGCCGUGAGACGGAUACACAGCCUGGCAGUGAACAUCCAAUUCACACACACCCUUACGUCCUGCAGCUGUUGUUUGGUCUGCUGGUUCUCUUCCUCCAGGAUGGCGCGAUGCCGAUUCAACUCCUCCACUUGAGACCUGAACAAAGAUGGGGCGGGGGCGUGAGUGUGAGUGUGGGUGUGGCUGUGUAUUGUGGUGUGGAUGAACCUGAAUUGUUCGAUGGCUGCCGUGUAGUGGCGGUGGAGCUCUGCCCGCUGGGACGCAUGCACCUCCUGACCCUGAUGUACGGCUGCUGAGGUGAGGUGCGUAUGUAUCUAUGGGUGCAUUACAUCGAUACACACCUCUUUGUCCAGCGCCAUGCUGUUGAUAGUCGCAGUCGCAUCCUGAUCAGAGAGACAGACACAAGGGACACAUUGCAUUGCACAUGAAGGCCUCCACCCAUUUCGCCUACACCCACGCACCUUGAUCUGCCCCUGCAGGUGUGCAACGACGGCCUGGCUCUCGGCCUCCCGACUGCCCAGACCCCGACGCAGCUCAUCUGUCUCAGCCUAAUGAUGAUACACUCGUGGACAACACGCCCACAUUCAUGGCACCUGACUGAGUGGCUGACCUCUUGUGCUUUGAGCAGUCGCGUCUUUUCGGUGAGCUGGGUGUGGAGGGUCUUGUUCUCGGCUACCAACCUCUCGUUCAGAUGUGACAACUCCUGCACACACAAGGGUGGGACAGACAGACAGAGAUGCGACAUGGAAGAGGACAGUGAGUGUAUCGUUCACCUCGACACGCUUGGCGAAGGAGUCCUUGGCGCUUUGCAGCAUCUCACGGAGACCCGCCUUCUCGACCUAACCAAACGCCAAAAUGCCCGCCACAUUCAUGUGUUCUGUGUCGGAUGAUAUGUAUACCUGGUGGCUGUGUUCUUUUUUGGUCAGGAGUUUGCACUGCUUGGCCAUGUCAUCCAGCACCUUCAACCGCUCCUCCAACGCCUGCACGGCACCGCACAUAGGAAGGAAGCACAUGAUGCGUUCGUUCUACUGCCCAUCAAUCCACCUCCUCUCACUCACCCCAAUGAUGGUCCGAUACGGCGCACUCUGCGACCACAGCGCCUCAGAGUUGCGCAUCCGCACGUCAGCAGCUCUCAACUCGCCCCUAUGGCCAUACUCCACCUCAGGCACGCUAAACCCACCCCUUUCUUCCCCGAGACCUCCAGCCAAGGACGACUCUCCCUCCCUCUGCCUCUCCUCCUUGCUGCCCUUGGCCCGAGCUGGCGGCAGCAUGGUCCCGGAGGAGGAGGGGGAUGCCCCACUGCUGCUGCUGCCAGGGAUGCCCGCCCCGGUAAGCAGCGCGGGGGAGUUCUGGUGCGGCAAUACAACACAUGGCUCGGGUGGUGCUGGUGCAGAUGUCUGAGCGGGACGGUCGGACGAGAGUUGGCCUUCCCCAACAUGAGCAGCCUGCGUGUGCGGUCCUCCAUACGACACGCUGACCGGCAGCACCCUCACCCCCGCACCAUGGCCCCGGACUGCGGGGCUGAGCGGCAUCCGCACUGUCUGUGUCUGUGUGAGGGCAGGCGGCCGCACACCGAUGCCCACCCCAUUGUGCAGCCCCGGCGGCCUGGGGAAAUAAGGCGACUGAGGUGGAGGGGUCCGGAACGGGUGCAGGAGCGAAACCGAUGGGCUCCGCCGCACACCCGCCGGUCGAUGUCCGUCGGGCAGGUGGCUGCCCGUGGUCUUCCUGCCGGGGGGCGUCAGAGUACGGAAGGGCGGGGGGCGAAAUGCGAUACCUGCUGCUGCUGCUGCUGCCGGGUGCGGAGGGGGUCGGGGGAGCUGCUGCUGGUGUUGCUGGUGUUGCUGGUGUUGCUGGUGUUGCUGGUGUGGGACGGGAGCGAACCGGGACAUAAGUGCGGCCCGGUGCUGCAGAAAGGCCGCGUCCAUGGACUCCACAGCCUUGGGGGCGGCCUGCAACAAGGAGAGAGAUGGAGCCCAAUGUCACGUUUGUUUCGUCCAUAAUCUUUCUUUCUACCGUCUUGAGUGCGUGCUCGUCCCAGAGCUGCAUGAGCACGUAGACGAACACAGCUGAGGGAGGGGGCGGCAGGUGCUCCACACACCCCACACGGGCGGUGGUCGUCGCAUCCCCCCCGGCCCCAUCGCUCACGGUCGCCGGCAGCCGCACAUCGACGGGCGUGCCGCUGGGGAGGGCGCGGAGUCUGACUGCGGCGCGUGCGAUGACCCGCGGCUGCGAUGGGUGGCCGUCGAGGAGAGAGAGGAUGCAGCAGUCCUCGGUAGAAGAGAACCUAAACUUGCAGAUCUGAAACGUCGGCUGCCAGACACAAAGAGAACCCAUUGCAAAUGAUUGCAGGUCAUCCUGAUACUGGCGCGUGCCGUACCACUCUGGUGGCGGACUGUCCGCAUUGGAUGCAGACUUGGGCUACCCUCCUCUCGGCCUGAGGCGACCCUGGGAGCCUCAGGUUGUGCCCCAGCACGCUCACAAACAGCAUCUCACGUGG